AUGAAUGAUAUAGAAGGUUUUGGCAUGAAGGGAACAAAGAUGCCUCAUAGUCAUUCUACACCAGCUGGUGUGGAUGGAGGUAGUAGAACACCUCCAACAACACCGCGGAAAGCUGGAAAAAUGCUCGCAGUACGUGUACAGAUGUUGGAUGAUAGUAUUACAAUGUUUCAAGUGCAGGCCAAGGCACUAGGUAGAGUGUUGUUUGAUCAAGUUUGUAAACAAUUGCAUCUUUUAGAAGCGGAUUACUUUGGUCUUGAGUAUCAAGAACCGAAUUUAACAAGAUAUUGGUUGGAUUUGGAAAAACCAGUGUGUAGACAAGUUGGUUUGUCUCUAAUUGAUCCUCUAUUGAGGUUCUGUGUUAAAUUUUAUACGCCAGAUCCUGCACAACUCGAGGAGGAGUUUACAAGAUAUUUAUUCUGUCUACAAAUCAAACGGGAUUUAGCUCAAGGUUUACUGCAAUGCAAUGAUAACACAGCAGCAUUGAUGGCUAGUUAUAUCGUACAGGCUGAAUGCGGAGACUAUGUGAUAGAAGACUAUCCAGAUCAUACGUAUUUAUCAACAUAUAAAUUUGUGCCUCAUCAAGAUCAAGAGUUGGAACGACGUAUUAUGGAGAAUCAUAAGAAACAUGCAGGUCAAUCUCCUGCAGAGGCAGAUCUUAAUCUUUUAGAGACAGCUCGACGUUGCGAACUAUAUGGAAUGAAAAUGCAUCCAGCUAAGGAUCAUGAAAAUGUUCCACUGAAUCUAGCAGUGGCACAUAUGGGGAUCGUGGUAUUUCAAAAUUAUAAUAAAAUAAAUACAUUCAGUUGGGCCAAAAUCAGAAAAAUCAGUUUCAAACGGAAACGUUUUUUAAUCAAAUUACAUCCUGAGGGUUAUGGUUAUUACAAGGAUACAGUCGAAUUUUUCUUUGAGGGACGUAAUGAGUGUAAAAACUUUUGGAAAAAAUGCGUAGAAAAUCACGGUUUCUUUCGUUGUUCUGUAGUUAAAAGAGUCGUAAGGCAGAAGACCAGAGUUCUGAGUCGUGGAUCAUCGUUUAGGUAUAGCGGCAAAACGCAGAAACAAAUCGUCGAAUUUGUUCGGGAUAAUUAUGUAAAGAGGCAAACGUUUCAAAGGUCCAAUUCGUUCCGGCAGACUAGCGGUGGUAGGGCAUUGCAGGGCUCGGAGGGGGGAGGCUAUCGUGGGGCCACUCCAAGCAGCUCCCUUAUGGGCAGCUCCAGCAUCUCUGCCCACCCCCUCCUGCCCCUCGGCGAUCCUGCCCUGGCAACCCCAGCUCUGUCUCUGUCAUGCGGCUCGAUGACACUGGAUUCUCCGACGACUGUGACGAGUGUCUCGAUGGGCGGGACGAUUCACCGUCGAGAAGACACAGCUACGUCAUUUCGGACGCUCACCUCUAUCGACGUCCAUUCGCCAGCUACCCCCAGCCAGGUCCCAGCACCGCGGCAGAUGCAUGCUACCAGUCAACAACGGAUUUCAUCAACAGGUCGUAUCAGCCCCUCUAACAGCAGUCCCCCUGAAUUCCCACCACCACGACCUCUGCCCAGACACCCCUGGCAACGGUCGGCUAGUUGUCGCGAGCUAUAUGCUUCUAGUUUCGAGGAUUCCGGUAAAGCGCGACCGCGGGACGACAAGGUCACCGCGGAGCCUCUGUUAGAGCCAUUCCAAUUGCCCUCCCAGGGUGAACUAGAUAACCCCGUGACACGUUACGACGAGAGUAAUCGUUCGUAUAGCGCUGCUAGUUCGAAAUUACCCUCCUUAGAUCACGAUUCUGUCCCCGAGCGAGUCUACAGCAGUUCCUACCCGGGAACGUCGUCGUUGUCUACCGAAUCGGGUCAUGAGGAAUCGGGUCCCGCCGGAGAUCUGUCUCACGACGAUCUCUCGCACGAUUCUUACGAGCUUUUAGAACGCGAGCAUGAAUUCGAAUAUCCGGAGUCGUAUUCUAGCCCGCACGACGAGCACGAACCAAUAUCCGAUCAGAGUGACGAAGGGAUCGAGCACGAGAUGUUCCAAAUGGACUCCGAGACCGAUUCCUUCGUCAAGCACAGAUCGUCGAAGCCCACCGAGAAACAGCAAUACAAGUCCGCGCUCACUGAUCUUAAGAACGCUAGAACCAAGUCCAUCGAUCGGUACUCAGCUGUAUCCAAGCCGGACGGUGAUUACAUUAUCACCGAGUCCAGGAUACAACGGUCGAGCACGCAGAUAGAACGCAAGUUCGAGACGCGACACGCCAAUUCCGUGGAACAGCCGUCUAAGACGGCCAUUCCGCAUCAGGAUUCCGCCAGGAAGGAUCCCGUUAUCCUGCAGGUGCAGAAGCAAAAGGUUUCUGUCCUGAAUGAGCUAAAGAACCUCAAGCCCAAGUACAAGAUCACCCAUGUAGACUCGGAGGUCCUGCGGGACGAGGGUAUCAUGCGUCCCAAGUCGCGAAUAGAUGAUGACCUGAGCCCGGUGGACGGUAGUAGCGGUAGUAGAACGACCUUCGAUCAAAACGCGAGAGGUAGGACGACCAGAGCACGUAGUAUCGCUAGCUUGGAGGAUCACGCGCCGCGGUUGUACGUUGAGACAGGUAGCUUAGGUCGGGGGCACAAGUCUAGGGACAGAAAGUCGCGGGAUGUGGUAGACGUCAAGGUCGAGAAAGUCUUUUCAAAGAUGCAGGAGAAAGAGCGAAAGCGAGUUGAGAGGGAUUACUCGAGGGAUUGCCGGCGAAUAGACAAGAACGAUUCUCGAGAGCGUCGUUCGAUGGAUCGGCUGGAUUCGCGCGAGUCGCGCAAGUCGGACGGCCACGGUCGUCGUAGCAUAGACCGGAUCGACAUGCGUGAGUUGCGUAGGAGCAUCGAGCGACUCGACGUGCGCGAGAGGAGCUACGAGCAUCUAGAUUCGAAGGAGAAGAGUGCCUUUUAUUACAAUGAUUUGUACGAAAUGCGUGGCAAGAGCGUCGAUCGUCUAGAUUCUCAAGGCUUACGCAGCAGCACGGAGCACCUAAGAAGUCCUAAGGAGAAAAACAAUUAUCGGCAUUCGGAUUCGCGGGAGCGUAGGGAACGGAGCAUCGAGCGAAUCGAUUCUCGAGAGUCGAGAAAGAGCAGGGCGGCCUCCAUCGACUACGACCAGAGACACACUUUGGAGCGCUUCGAUUCGGGCAACAGAAGCCCGUUUGAGCGGCUCACCCCGAAGGAACAACGGAGAAUGAGCAUAGAGAGGCUGGACUCGCAAAAGUCGACCUUUGACUUUGAUCCGCGUGCGAUCGAGCGCUUGAAAUCGCUGGAGCGCUACGAGCAGAGAGACCGAAGUUACGAGAGAAAGGUCGAGUCGAGGAGCGCCGAGCGGAAGAGCCUGGAGAAGCUGGACUCGCGCGAGCGGAAGUACCUGGGCCGCUUAGAAUCGCGGGAGGGCAGGAGUCUCGAAUGCCUGGAUUUCGACAGUGUGGAGCGCAGGAAGAACAUCGAGAGAACAGAACACAAGGAUCAGAAGAGAGUCAGGAGUAAGCCCGAGAGAGGCAAGUCGGAGGAGAAGCCGCGAGAACGCGACGACUGGAAGAGUCUGGAGAAGGCGCGGAAAGACGACGAGAGGCGCGAGCGCGAACGCCAGGCGAAGCUGUCGAUCGAGUCUCGCACGGAGACGGUCAUCGGGGUGCCGCACGAGGUGGAAGUUUUCAAGCCCAAGACCGUGUUUGCCGAGUACGAGCCGAAGGUCGUCGGCGGCGUCGUCCUCGGCUUCGACGAGACUGCCUUGCCUGGGCACGUACCGGUAGAACGCACCAAGAGCGAUCCGAAUCCCGCGCGGCAGAGAUUAGGCUCCAACAGCAAACGACAUAUGCUCAUGCACCAGAAGUCUAUUGACCUGACCCCGGCUGAUUCCGGCGACGAGGAGCCGUUCUCGGACAGCGCGGCCAUUCAGAAGGCGAACGUCGACAUCCCGUACACGCUGCACAAGAGACACGUGAUGAACGGCACCGCGUCCGACGAAAAGUCCGAGUCGGACAGCAGCAAGACCUCGAAGAAUGUGAAGAGCAUCGUCAAGGACCUGCCGAAGCUGCCGCUGAAAUUGGUGACUGAUAUCGCGUACUUUGAUUUAACCAAGCUCUCUUCGAUAGAUAAAGCUACUAGCAAUAAAGUGUCUCCGGAUAAGCCGAAGAGCAUCGCGGCUACCACCACGAGGCCGAAAUCUAUCUUGAGUCCCUCGGACAAGCCGAAGAGUAUUUUAAGUCCAACGUCGAAGCUCUCGCCCACUGAUCCGAAGAGUAUCGUUUGUAGUUUAUCACCCACCAAUCGAAGCCCCUCCAAGGCGAGCGCAAAGACUCAGCUUGCCGAUAAACUGUCGCAGAAAGGCGGCUCGUUAGACCGAAACCGAACAGAGGUUAUCAUCGAGGAUUACAUGUGCAAGAAAUCCUCGAGUCUGGACAAGAAACCGUCGAAACUGUCGCCGGUGGAGGCGAAUGUCACCAUUAUCUCGGCGCUGGAGAAACGCUCGCCUAAAAAAUCACCGACUGAUCCUAACGUGACCAUCGUCUCCGUCAUACAGAAGAAAAAAUCUACGGACGGCGCGCCGAGAAGUCCCACUAGUGUCGCGAAGACGGCGAUGGACACGAAGCUGAAGGCCGCUUUGAAUUUCGCCGACAUCGUAGGUAUGGAGAUUAAGCAAAAUCUCGAGCGUCGCGCGAAAGUCGAGAAAGACAGUCUAAAGACGCCGGAUGACAAUUUAGAAAAACAGGACAGUAUCGAGAAGAUACCGUUGCCCGAAAUACCCGCUGUUGAAAUGCCGGGGGAUCUGGAGAAGAUUGCACUCACCGGGGCUGCUGACCAAGUGAAAAACGUCGAACAGAUUGUCAGAGAACCAAUCUACUCACCGAAACAAACCGUCGACGACUUGUCCACGUCCGACGAUGACCGGAAGCAGGACAAUGUACAGUCUGUGGUAGCUGAGGUUCAUAUCUCGGCCCCGAUUAAGACGGAAAUCACGGCGGAGAAGCCGCCGAUCCCGGAGAAGCCGAAGACGUUGGAGAAGCCGAGCAUUCCUGAGAAGACGAAGCGUAUCUUGGAGAGGAUAGAAUCGAGAUUUUCGGAAGUCAGUAGAAAUUCCGCCACGAAGAUCUCGAGGCCCAAGAUCAUCGACACGGGAUUCGACGAUUUCGUGGAUCCAGUCGCCGACCUGCCUUUGGACGAAGUGCCUGUGAAACCUGCUUUAGAAUUGGAUAGCCUUAAAGUUCCUGAAUUCGUUCCCUUCAUGCUGAGACCGCACGCGGAACCGUUGAGAUCGAAGUCCCUGUCGCUGGCGGAAGAGAAGGCACCGAUCGACACUCUGCUCUCACCGGAGAUGGAGAACAAACAUUUCGUGCAAGACGUUUCCCCCAAGAGAGUGAAGAAGGUAAAAUCCGAACCGAAGAAAGACUUCAAGAAACAAUCGAAAUCGCUGGAGGGCGACAAGCCACCGCUGAAGAAGGCCAUAUCGAAGGAAUCGCGUGCCACGGCGGCAAGGAUCGACAAGUCGAAAUUGAAGCUCGGUGAAAUGCCACAAGAAAUUAUAAUAAUUGACUCAACUGACGUGGCGCCAGAGAUCAGCAUCGUUCAGAAAGGUAGGUCGAAAUCCGUAACCAGACUGUCCGACAAGCCGUUUUCAACGUCAAAGGAGGAGAGGGAUGACGCGAAGAACACUCGCGCGAAAUCCGCUUCGGUCGAUGACGAUUUGAUCAAAGGCGCGGUGAAGUCCGAGAAAUCCAGACCAAAGUCACUGGGGAUAUCAAAGAGCCUGGGAAGCACGGAGAAAAAGGACUCGGUCGAAAAAAUAUCUCCAAAGAGAACCAUCGCCUCUAAAGCUGCCGUUAAGGUGGAUUCAAAGGUCGAAGCUAAACCGGCUGCAGCGAAGGACACGGUAUCGAAGCAGGACUUAAAAGCGCCACGUGGCGCCAAAGCGACAAUGAAGCCGUCGGAACCGAGCACCGAGAACAUCGCUGCCGAGUCGAAGCAACUUAAACAGGAGAAAGAUUCUAAACCGUGCGUCAAGCCUGACGUGGUGAUCGAUCAGCCGGUGGACGUUAAACAGGUCGUAGCAAUUGACGGAUCCAAGGAAUUGCUCAAAGAGCCGGUCAAGGAGUCAGCUAAGGAAUCUACCAAGGAGCCGAGCAAAGAACCGUCGAAGGACAGCGUGAAGAAAACAGCGCUCGCUCAAGAUCUAAGCCAGUCUCCGUUGGUGUUACGUAAGCCGGGCCAGACACCGAUAUUGUUCGCUCGUGCGCGUCUUGGCCUCUCCGAGGGUAGCGCCAUCGGCGCGCUUCAGCGUCAAGGUGCCACGCAGUCGCCCACCUCUCAACGACGUGCUAAAUCUCUGGACGCCGCGGUGAUCUCCGUGCACCGACUGCCGCCAGCAAACGCGUUCUCCAGUAAAGACGACACAGUGGACGUGUCGGAGAACAUGGAGGAUGCUGCCGAGAAUGAGAUCGCGCAAGGUGCGAGUGCGGUGUCGAAAGUGCAAUCGAUGCAGAUGGAGGCCUCCCCGAAUCACAAGUCCGACAGCACCGAUCAUACCACCAUCCCGGAGAUAUGCACCGACUCUUUGUCCGUCACUGAGACUUCGGCACAGUACUUGGAGUCGCCGUUGACCGAGUGCAACGAGAUCGUGCCCAACAUCGAUAUGAUACCUUACGAGCAGGAGAAAAUGCCGUUCAUGGGUUACAUGAACGGAAACGAAGCACAGUCGCUGAAGAUCACGGAGAGCGUCAAGGUCGACGAGGCGACGAAGUUCAUCGACCAAAGUUCCGUCGAAUCGAGUGCGGAGCAGGAAGUCUGCCAGGAGAGUUCUGCACUGAAGACUGAUAUGCCGAGAGAAGUUUGGCCGGAUAAAGACAAGCCGGCGGUCUCGAUGAUAUCCAUGAAAAAUGUCAGCGCGGAAGUGCUUACCUGCAAGCAGAAACAAAGCGAACUGCCGACUGCUGUCGAAAGUCAAGUCGGGGAAGAGAACGAUACGAAGGUCGACGAGACGACGAAGGCUACAAUUCGCUCGGAAGUACAACUUACUCUUAUCAAGUCCGAGGACUCAAGAGGCUCGCCCGAGAGGGACGACGUUCCAGAUGUGACUAUAAGUGCAGUCAGAGAAAACGAAGAGCGCUUCCCGAGACUGUACGAUCAGGACGAUCCUCCAGACAUGGUGAGAUCGCCGAUACAAAUAUCUAUCGAAGAAUGCUCCGAUGACGAAGCAAAGCCGGAGGAGGAGGAGGAGGAGGAGGAGGAGGAGGAAGAAGAGGAGGAGGAGGAGCAAGAGAUAGCACGAGAGCAAGAGAUCGACGAGCGGGAAGAGGAGGAGAAUAAACGACUCGAUUCUCUCGACACGAGCGAGGACACGCUCGACGCGCUCGAUACGCAGGUGCAGAUGCGAGGUGUGGACAGCGAGCUGAGCUCACCCGACUACGGUGUCGAUAAGAUGGACGAGAAAACGUUGGUCGAGGUGGAGUUAACGCCUGAGUAUCUAGAAAUGAGAAGGGAAGACGAAGAGACUGCGGAAGAUCUGCCCGAGGAUGAGCCGGCCAAGGAGGUCGCGGAGAUUGCAGACGCCAAUCGCUUAUCCAUCGACAGAAAGCUCAGACUGAGCACCGAACGCUCGAGAAGUGAAGAGACCAAUACUUGGACGCCGGACAGAGAAGACCCGGACUCCAGUUCGUGUUCUAUUGCACGGCCAUUGGGAAUCGGGCAAAUACAACCGAUAAUAGAUCGCCGGGAGAUCGCCAUGAUCGAAGGCGCCCGUAACAGUGGUUCUCUGGAGGAUGACAUUAACAAUGGCUCGCAGCCUCCCCUGAAGCAGGAGAUGAGUUCCACGUGGAAAUCGUUCCCGCUCGAGAGUUCUGGUAGCUCUAGCCUGGAAGAAGGUUGGGCGCCUCAGGACGAGAAUAACGCGCAGCAGUCACAGAGCGAGGACAGCAACGGGCAAAACGAGGACAGUUUCCAAGAGGACUUGGCGGAUUUCCCUGGUACCUUCAUCUAUCCCAUUGGACCUGAGAUAUUAGCCAACUACGGCGCUUUCUCACUCUCGCGCACGUUGUCCAGGAUAUCCGAGCGAUCGACUACAUCGGAACAAGACAAGAGCGACCUGGAAGAUUCUUUCAAGCCCAGCUCAAGGUCGCCGAGCCUUGACGACGAGUCUCUGAUAUCGAGCGAUCAUCAGCCGUCCUUGUCGUCGGAUCCGCCGUCCGGCACGGCGUUACCAUCUGUUUCCGACGACCGCAGAACGUCCUCUGAAUUACCGGAUAUCCCUAUAGACGUGGUCGGCGCGCAAGAUGACGACUCUAAGUCGCCGCGAGCGAACAGGCGGUCGCGGCUGCAGCUGCAGAGCUCCGAGGACUGGCCGUCGCCGCCGAGCUCUCCCGUAUUCGACACGCCAGUGGUGAGCCACGUGGAGACGUUUUACAUGGAAAUCAAGCCGGAAGAGGCGGUCAAGGUCACUGUGACGGACAGCACUGAAACACCCGUUCACGCGGAGCAAGACAGCGACUCCAGCGACGAGAACAGAACUCUGCACGAUGACCUUCACUCGACCCUCCUGGAGGACGGACAAAGUUCGACCUCCGCGACGGUCGACGGUACGGUUAAGAUAGCGGUGAAACCGAAAUCGAAUUCGUACAUAACCGGCUCAUCGCACAGCGAGGACACGUCGAUGGGCCUGUCGAUGUCCGAGUGGUCCAGCUCGAACAACACCGUGCGCCAAUUCUGCCAAUACUCCGGUACCAAGUCCGACGACAAUUCAUUGGCGGAACUCGGCGCCUCGAUCUCCGACUGGUCGGGCAGCACGACGGUGAUACCGCAGCAAUACUACUCGACGAUGGCCGCGGACAAGAGUCAAAGCGACACCACGACGUCCGACAAGAGCGCGACGAGCAUGAGGCCAAACUCCAAGUGUCAGACCGCCGAUAGUUCCUCCCUUCCGUCACCACCGUCCCCGUCGUCGUUCCCACUGCCGCUCUCACCGCCGCUGCCUUCUCCUCCAGCAACGGCCACGUCCUCGUUACGUCACUUUGAGAACGAAGCUGCCGCUGCCGCGGCCGAGGCCACGCAGCACGAGGUUUCGCCGGACUCGGAGCCGUUCGAGGACGACGAUCUCGCACGGCAAGUUCGCGCGCACAGCGACGAAUUCGACGAGGCACGGCGGUUCAUCGAGAGCCAGUUCGACGAGCACCGUCGAAUGCGCCGCUACGACGACGAGCAGCAGGCCGCCUACCCGGAGUAUACCGACAUCUCGCCACCUCGCAUCACCCUGCGGAAUGAAUACGACGAGGCCAUCGACGAUGACGACGACGACGACGACUUCCAAAUGGUCCCAGACGAGGAGACCAUUUGCGUGGACGACACGGCGCUACCGAUACCCGAGGAGGACGAGGAGGAUCAGUUGUACGACAAUGUGCCCGCCAUGAAGUACUCCAGUAGCGACAAAGUACGGAUGGAGGUGGGUCGCGGCGACAGCUCGGAGGAUAUGCACGAGAAGUACGCGGAUCUCACGCUGCAGUCGAGAAUGGCAGAAGACGACUGGUCCUCCGAGGAGCGGAAGAACAUGCCGGAGACGACAAAGCCGGCGAGGAGGGUCGUAAGCAAGUUUGACCGUGGCUUCUCAGAACCGAGCCCGCACGAGUCGGGCAAGUAUCAAGGCACAAGAUCGACUGAGCGACCGGUCGUCGUGCCCAUCCGAGCGAAAUCGACCCCGUAUUACUCCACGACGAGCUUAAGCGGCGAGUCGACCACGUCCAGUCCGCCUAUGCAGAUCAGAACGCAGAUUAGAACGAAGACGAUGCCGUACUCGUCGAGUCGCAGCCCACAAAGCGAGGGUGACACCUCCUCGAGCAUGGACAGCCCGGCGCACACACCUGACCGAGGUCAGCGGGCCUUCCGCCGGAAACGGCAGCAGAACAUUAAGAGACGCCACCGGGUAGCCGUCGACCUCGAGAUCAAAGACGGUCAUAUAAUCUCCAGCACGGAUUCUAGCUUCGACGUGGCGACCAUACCGCCGCCUCUCUUAACGGAGGGUCAGAGUCUCGAUGUGGAUGACGAUGAGGACGACGACGAGAUGUCCGAGACGAAGAACGAGAGGGAACGACGUCGCCAGCAGCGUUGACACAAUGUCGACGAGCGACGUUAAAUAUAAACGCUCGUGAAAGAGAGAGUGAGAGCUCGAGAACUAAUAGAGGGAGAACUCGUAGGGAGGCUUUCCAGUCGCGUGGAAUUGAGCGCACAUUUAGAAUUGAUAGACUCACGACGCCGUUCUUCGUCGAACAAACAAGCGAGUAAACGCGCGCGAUCAGCCACGUGCCGACGCACUCUCGACUUAUAUUAUCCGCUGCACGGAACGAAGAUCACCAAAGGGGUUCGCGAACGGACCGACGACUCGGCCUGGCCUUUGUAAGUAGGCAAGAAUGAUCUCGUUCCUUAGACGACGAGGGCGAUCUCUCUCAGUAGUCGUACGGUAAUUGGGAUCGAGAGUUUAUACGGGUACGUUGGAUGGAAGAUAUCAAUGACGGCUGAGAAAGAGAGAGAAAGAAGAGAGGGGGGAGAGAAAGAGAAUGAACAUAAGACAACGGACGACUCGUCUCUGUUCCGGGUUGGCUUCAGUCCACAAGCGAAUGAUCAAAAUCUGUGCGAGGAAUCUAGCAUAAUAUCGUUAGGGAUACGAAUACGUUUGUUACACGUUUUAGAGAUUUGGUUUACUUUGAUAUUAUUGUCACAAUAGAGAUGACUCCCUUUGACUACCCCGUAGACGAGUAAUACUCAUAUAUAACUCGGAGACGAAUAUCUUACUAUCGCGAACGACGCGCGCGAUGACUCGUUGACGAGGACGACGGCCGUUUACGCGCGGCACGCGUUAUAUCCUAGUAAUAAAAUAACAUAUGACACUAUAAGAUAGAAAUUGAAGGAGAGCGACGUAGGACUUCGGAAGAUAAUCGUAAUUUUAAGAAGAGAGCGUGUGUAAUAAAAGAAGCGCGUAAUCGCGAAUCAUUUUUAACCCCCUUUAAUCAGUCGAGUCGUUGCAUUUGUUUUCCUCGCGUGAGAUAUCGUGCGAAUAUCCGACCGAACGAUCGAACGCGACGCGUUUCUUCUCCCUUGCGUUUUAAUUCCUUCUUUCUUCGUUUGAAACGCAACGUAACUUCGUCAUAAGAUCACACCCAAUACUCCCGCGGCACGUAUUCGUUGUAUUGCGCCAGAUACAACCCGUUAAAUAAUUAAAUGAGAUAAAUAUCUCGACGUUGCAAAAGUGACGCUAAAUUCGGUCGCGCGACUUGAAUUCACCAGGACAAUCAAUUGCGAAAGGUGUUUGCCGCGGGGAGGAUCUCGGAGUCGGCGGUGGAGAAGCGAGAAACGCGGAAUAAAUACGAUCGUGUCGCGGCACGAUUGUUUCGCAAUUCCGAACAAUGAGUCUCUGAAACAACUACGAUCUCUAUGAUUUCGCCGUGAUUCGGUUCGCGUGUGCGUUGCAGAGGGCAGGAGAACGGAGGGAAAAGUUGCUCAACGUAGAUACGUAAAAUGUGGUUCGCGCUUUUUCGUUGACGUUCGCGCGGUCGUACCUCGCGUUAAGGAUCAACCGCAUCCCGUAGAGAAGCCGGUUAUAACGAAAGAAAAUUAAUUAAUUAAUUAACUAAUAAGUAAACGCAACCGGUGAGAGUGUGCGUCGGACUCCACGUGAAAUUCAUUCUCGACAAAUGAUGAAGAAAUAGAGAGAAAGAGAGAGAGAGAGAGAGAGAGGGACAGUGCUCGUUCAUGAAUAUCGGCUAUGGACCAAUAAAUGGAACCGAUGGCCACUAAGAUCUCCGUUAAUGUGUGAACUUAAGCCUUGUCCGUAUUAAUCCGUGAAUUUAUUCACUUAGCAACACAAAGUAAUCCAAGAUACACGCAGCUCAGACUCCUGGGAGAUCCGGCCGCUAAUCUAAGUUAAGUCAUGACUGUCGUUAGCGCGCGAAACUUUAUUAUCCAUUAUUGAGCUGCUCGAGAGGAAGAGCACGCUGGGAUCGAAGAAAAGAGGGAGGUAGAGAGAGAGAGAGAGAGAGAGAGAGAGAGAGAGAGAGAGAGAGAGAGAAAAAGAAAGAAAGAGAAGAGCGUCUCUCGGCUUUUCUUUUCGCGGAUUCAGCGAAUUCGCGCCGUUCGAGGCUAAUACGACGUAACGUGUGCAUACGUUUUUGCCGCGCUCACGAUUAUUAGUUUCCUCGGGCUGGGCGUUUAUUAUAGAAAGAGAGAAAGAGAGAGAGAGAGAGAGAGAGAGAGAGAGAAAGAGGAAGAUCGAAGAAAACUAGGGCGCUCCGUUGUUGCGCUUUGAAUCACGACGGCACAACGCCUGAGGAAUAUAUCUUGGCGAUAGGACACGCGUACGACAGGUGCGCCGUGCGUGUAGGAGAGAAACGUGUAACUAGGAAAAAUUACGAGUUCGAUUCGAGCGAGGCGUGUUAGAAAGUCCCAUUGGUUUUUCAGCAUGUAACUGUGCCUAGUUUUUAUACCACGUUCGUCGCAUGCGCUACUUUUAGUGACCAGUGGAGGCGCGAAUCUCGACGUGAAUUGUGAUGUGUGCGUGCACGCGUCGCGCAUAUACAUACAUAUACAUAUACGUGUCGCGCGCGCACGUGCGUGCGUGCGUGUGUCUCGGCGUUUUUUAGUAGAUAAGUGAAAAUAUACGCAUAGGCAGAGAUGAUUGAGACAAGUGUGUGAGAGGAAGGAGGAGAAAGAGAGAGAAAGAGAUAUACACACACACACACACACACACACACAUACUUGACAUCGACUGUUACGAGCGCGUCAUGCUCGACGUGACGUCAUUUGCAGUUAUUAGAGAUUUUCACGAUCAUGCGUCUUAUGGGUCUCUCACCCAGAGACGACGUGGCUGCGUUUCUCGUCGAUCGAACGACUCUCGAACUCGUGGUCGCGACGGUCCGCGAAUUAUUUCGAGAACCAUCCGCAGUUCGAGUGAACUUGGUCGAUAUCAUGAGCGAGGAAUGAAGUUUAGUUUUUUAUUAAACGUUUCCUCUUUACGUUGGAAUUCUUCUCUCGAGCUUUUUUUUCGCCGCAGCGAGAUUGAGAUUCUGCUUCCAGUCACAAUCACGCUUCGUUAUUAUUGCCCAUCUCGGCGUACCAGCUUAUUCGGUACAUACGUUGUGAUCUGUCGUGAAAGUUGCUUCCUCCUUAAGGUGUAUUCGUAGUGAAAAUAAUUCAUUGCAGCAAUAAUUCGUCAAUAACAUUCGGGAGUAACGGUGACUCUGCGAACGAAGUGAAAUCGCGUAAUCGGCGUAUCGAGGGAGUUUUGCAAUAUAUCGCCGUUAUCGCAACGUGCACAAUUAAUGCGAUUACACGAUUACACCGUGCGUUAUGAUGAAUGAGAGUUGGCAUAGCGAGCAAGUGCUGCGUCCAAGUGUGCGAGAGCGGCAAAGGAACGACCACGCUGAGUGCCGAUAAACGAUGGCAUGUGCCGUUACUUCGUUCCGCGAUUUGACGAUUAACGGAUCGGUCCUCAGUCUUAACGUAGGUGAUCGCUUCUUUUCGCGAAGAGGAAGGGCUUUCGUUCGCUCGAAAGUCGGGACUCCAUUGCAAUAUGCGUUUCGCAUAAGCGAAACGCUUGUAUCUCGUCCGACGAGGGCACGAUAUAAACCGGCGAAUUUUCAGGACCGGCCAGUGAUAUAACGUGCGAGCAUGAGAAAACCGCGUUGGAACAUUUUCCGAAUUCCUAUUAAAAUUUACUUCGCGCGGCUUAGGGUAGCUUCGGGUCAGAUCAGUUUGUAUUAGUUACGUCGCGAGAUAUAUAGUUAGUUAGGACCGCGAGACUCCGGCGGUGAUCGGAUUCUCCGGUAUAUCCUGUAUACGUGUUAUAGUCCGAGUGAGAUAUGAUAAUCGUCUCAGGAUCGCCCGAAGAGAGAUCGACGGAAUGGCUAUUACCGAAUUCUUGGCCGGGCCAUGGUCUUAACGAUUGCCGAAUAACCGUUAUCCCUGAUUUAUAGUACGGAGUAUAUACACGAGAACGUGAGUAAAAAAGUGAUAAGCGGCCGAUAACUGUUAUCCCGGUCGUGCUCGAAGUUUCGGACUCGAGUUUCUCGAGAUUUUAAAGAGAGCUAGAGAUGGUUCUUCUUUUUUGGCCUUUUUCCUCUUGCCUACGAAUGCAUCUCCAUCUUUGAGAGAGUUUUCCGCGAUGCGCGCUCGACUUGUUAUCCGUGUAGAUCCGCGGAUUUUCGCGUUUUACAUCGCGGCCAGCCGAACUCGCGCGGCUUCACACGAAUUAUUGAUCAGGAUGCAGGAUUGCACGGUAAACGGCGAAUGGAUCGUAAACGGUUCGUCUCUCUCUCUCGGCACAGAGAGGUCACACUUGUCAUAGUCUAGUUACAUUAAUGUCUAGAGGCACGGCCUUGGCGAUUAGUCAAAUAAAAGCCCUUUGAUGCGUUAGUAUCAUUGUGUCUCCAUUGGUGUAUGAAUAUCCGUGCGCCAGCGAACUCGAUCGAGGACACUCGAGCAAAGUGAUACAAUGCGAGCAAUAAUCGUCACACUUAUGUGCGCGCGUGAAUCGGCGAAAAAAAAAAGAAAAAAAAGAAA